CUGCAGCCCGGCAUGCUGUCAGUCGCGACCCGCCUGUCCUCCAUCCUGCUCCAGCGCACGGCCUGCCGGCUCGAGGAGCGAGUCGCGCUGCAUGGCGGCAGGUUCUCCCCAGUAUCCUCCCAGUUUGUCUCCAGCUGCGUCUCGGCCCUCGACAGCCUCGACGCGGCCCUCAACGACUUUGCGGCUGACCGGCUGGCAGCAGCCCCGACCCCAGCUGGAGCCCAGGAGCAGAUGACGCCGCUGGCAGUGGCGGCGCUGCCGGGGGACGGAGCAGCCGUACCCAAAGAGCCGAGGUGGACGGAGGAAGCCCGGAAGGAGCUGGAGAGAGCGCCGUUCUUCGUGCGGGGGCCGGCGAAGAAGCAGGCGGAAGAGCACGCGAGGAAGAUGGGAUACAGCGAGAUCAGCAUGGCGGUGAUCGAGGAGUCGAGGAAGGGGAUGAGCGACGUGGACGUAGCGAAGAAGAUCAUCGGAGUGAAGUAGGUGGGUGUAAGAGGGAGUUGGGGGAGAGGUAUAAGG